UUACUAGUAGUUGAUGGAAGUUAUUGGUAUUUACUAGUAGUUACUAGUAGUUGAUGGUAGUUAUUGGUAUUUACUAGUGGUUACUGGUAGUUUCUAGUAGUUACUGGUAGUUACUAGUAGUUGCUGGUAGUUACUAGUAGUUCCUAGUAGUUAUCGGUAGUUACUAGUAGUCACAGGUAGUUACUGGUUGUUACUAGUAGUUGUCGGAAGUUUUUAGUACUUACUGGUAAUUAGUAGUAGUUCUCGGUAGUUACUAGUAGUUGUCGGUAGUUACUAGUAGUUACUGGUAGUUGGUGGUAGUUAUUGGUAGUUACUAGUAGUUAUUGGUAGUUAUCAGUAGUUACUGGUAGUUACUAGUAGUUGUCGGUAGUUACUAGUAGUUACAGGUAGUUGGUGGUAGUUAUUGGUAGUUACUAGUAGUUAGUGGUAGUUAUUAGUAGUUACUGGUAGUCACUGGUAGUUACUGGUAGUUACUAGUAGUUGUCGGUAGUUACUAGUAGUUGCUAGUAGUUUUCGGUUAUUACUAGUAGUUACUGGUAGUUACUAGUACUUGUCGGUAGUUACUAGUAGUUGCAGGUAGUUGGUGGUAGUUAUUGGUAGUUACUAGUAGUUAGUGGUAGUUAUCAGUAGUUACUGGUAGUUACUAGUAGUUGUCGGUAGUUACUAGUAGUUGCUAGUAGUUGUCGGUAAUUACUAGUAGUUACUGGUAGUUACUAGUAGUUGUCGGUAGUUGCUAGUAGUUACAGGUAGUUGGUGGUAGUUAUUGGUAGUUACUAGUAGUUAGUGGUAGUUAUCAGUAGUUACUGGUAGUUACUAGUAGUUGUCGGUAGUUUCUAGUAGUUGCUAGUAUUUACUGGUAGUUACCAGUAGUGAAUGGUAGUUAUUGGUAUGUACUAGUAGUUACUGGUAGUUACUAGUAGUUGCUGGUAGUUAAUAGUAGUUGCUAGUAGUUGUCGGUAAUUACUAGUAGUUACUGGUAGUUACUAGUAGUUGUCGGUAGUUUCUAGUAGUUGCUAGUAUUUACUGGUAGUUACUAGUAGUUGUCGGUAGUUACUAGUAGUUACUGGUAGUUACUAGUAGUUACUAGGAGUUGAUGGUAGUUAUUGGUAUUUACUAGUGGUUACUGGUAGUUACUAGUAGUUGCUGGUAGUUACUAGUAGUUCCUAGUAGUUAUCGGUAGUUACUAGUAGUCACUGGUAGUUACUGGUAGUUACUAGUAGUUGUUGGUAGUUUUUAGUACUUACUGGUAGUUAGUAGUAGUUCUCGGUAGUUACGAGUAGUUGUCGGUAGUUACUAGUAGUUACUGGUAGUUGGUGGUAGUUAUUGGUAGUUACUAGUAGUUAUUGGUAUUUACUAGUAGCUACUGGUAGUUACUAGUAGUUGCUGGUAGUUGUCGGUAGUUACUAGUAGUUACUGGUAGUUACUAGUAGUUGUCGGUAGUUUCUAGUAGUUGCUAGUAUUUACUAGUAGUUACUAGUAGUUGAUAGUAGUUAUUGGUAUUUACUAGUAGUUAAUGGUAGUUACUAGUAGUUGCUGGUAGUUACUAGUAGUUAGUGGUAGUUACUAGUAGUUGUCGGUAGUUACUAGGAGUUACUGGUAGUUACUAGUAGUUGUCGGUAGUUUCUAGCAGUUGUUAGUAUUUACUGAUAGUUACCAGUAGUUACUAGUAGUUGAUGGUAGUUAUUGGUAUUUACUAGUAGUCACUGGUAGUUACUAGUAGUUGCUGGUGGUUACUAGUAGUUGUCGGUAGCUACUAG